AUGGUGAGCGAGGGUAACCGGUCCCCUUCUCUGCAAUCCCCUUCACCUGAAUGUCCAUGGAGUGAUUUGGAUGACGAGUCAAAUGACUCUGAAUACGUUUGGGAAACCUCGUGCUGUUCUUCGCUCGUCUCGAAGGCCGCUGAUGAAAGCGUCGACGAUGAUAAUGACGGUGAGAACGUCGAAGAUGAAGUUGAAGACGCAGAGGAUGAAAAUUCAAAGCCACCACCCGAGAUCUACUGGUCCUAUGAGGGUACGCCAAAAGAGGAUGUUGAUGACAACGUAUCGUCCGAACAGAAAGCCUCUCAACUUUAUGGUAUGGAACUUCAGCGACAAAUCGAAGAACUAGAAAGAAUACCCAGGCCAUCCUGUAAUGACAUCCGACACCUAUGGGAGCGAAUCGAGCAAGAAAAUGAGCUCUACAGACGUCAAUUCGCUUGGCAGAUGGAAAAUAAAGGUACCAACCAUGUGGGCGAUGAAUUUAUUGACCACAGGAAUACUACUGUUAAAAAUCGCUUAAAUUUCAUCAAACCAAUUUUCGUUUACGGUUUCGGGAUAUAUGAGAGUGGAGGACAGCAGCGAUAUUGA